CUGCAUCAAUCGGCUUUUUGAGUGAAGUGAGUUUGCAUAUUCGGUGAUGUGCUGUGAUACGAUAUGUAUUCUGAUUACUCGAGAUGUUAAAAGUGAUAAUUAUAUCAUUUUCAUAGAUAAGGAAACAAUGAAUGAAUGAAUUAAUGAAUCGAUUGUUACUCUCUUAAGAAGUUUCAAGCGAGCUGAGAGCAUGAUGAUUCCUACAGUUCAGUGUUAAGUCCAUAAUGAAACUAUGACCUCAUUGGGAGUCUGGAAAGUUCCCAGUGCCUAUCCUAGUGGUUUCAAAAACCCUCUUUUAGGAAAUGGAAGCUUCUUAGAAGUGAAUUCUGCACCUAAGGAUGGUUUGGCUAUUUCUGAAAGUGGACACACAUUUAAAGUUCAAACAGAAGGGCCCCAUCUUGUUAGCUUGGGUAGUGGGAGACUAAAUACUGCUAUUACAAUUCAUCCACUGCCAGAAGGCAGAGUUUAUGUUGGAAGUAUUGUUGCUCAACAUCAGAAAGAUAUAAUAAUCCAUGGGCCUGGCAUUGAAAAGGAUCAUUGUUUCAUAGAUAAUAAUAAUGGUCUCGUAACAAUUUAUCCACAGCAUGGUGAUGUUUCAAUUGAUGGAGUACUUAUUGUUGAACCUACUUGUUUAUCACAAGGAUGCAUAUUGUGCCUUGGUCGUUCCAACUUUUUUCGUUUUAACAAUCCCAAAGAAGCUCACCUAAUGAAGCAAGCAUCUCCAGCCCCUCGAAAAAUUGUUUCUGGUUUUGUUCCUGUAGAGUCUACUUCAAAUCAGCAACCAUAUUUUGAUGGCAGUCGAAGUCUUGUAGAUCAGUAUAUGGAUGGAAUAGAUCUUGUUGAAAAGGUUUCUAAAUAUGAAUAUAUGUCUCAUAGUCAGCCUCCUACUAUAACAUCUCAAGAUAUACCAAAAUAUUUUGUUAAAGAAGGCAUUAGAAUACUACAUUCUGCACCACCUGUAUUGCGAAUGCACAAAGGUUAUUCUUCUGAAACAAGUAUAAAAAAUCCAAGUCCUGCUUCUAGACGUUUCAGUCCAUUGGGUGCUAAACCUGGAUUUUCAACACCACCACCUUAUCUUCAUCGUACAAAUCAUAGCAGAGUAACUAUGUCUCCUAAAACUACUAGACUGUAUUCUAAAACCCCAGAUCCUAUUGUUAUGGGUCGAAAAUCUCCAGCCACUGUAUGGUCUGGCCGUUGCACACCAACAUCUCCUAUGCUUUCUGGUCGUAGAAGUCAUCAUGUGAGCGUGGAAAAUUUGAAAGCUUGUGAGUUGGAGCUACAUGAACAACACAGAAAGGCUGUUCAAGAAAGGUUAAAAGAUCAGGAGCAGGAGAAGCAAGAAAGAUUACGCCUUGAAGAAAUUCUUCAUUUAUGUGCUGAAUAUGAAGAACAAGCCCAAAAGGAAAGACUUAGCAAGAAUAAACUUAUUGCUGAGAGCAAAGAUCCUGCAUCUUCAUCUUCAUCUGGUGAAUUUAGUUCUGUUUCAAAUGAUUCAUCACUCCCAGCAUCUACAAAUUCUUCUGAUACUUCCCAAGUCAUUAGUUCUAAAUCUGAUUCUGUUGUUGAAGGUUAUUCUUCAGAAGAUUCCAAAUGCAACGGUGUUCUAAAAUAUUCUACCCUUCCUCUUGCUUCUCAAAAUUUGCAAAAUCCAAUUUCAUCACCUUCUGUGAAUAGCAUAAGCAUAAAGAGUAACUCUUCAAGCUUCAUAUCACCUAGUGGCUAUCAUACUGUUCCAAAUAGGAUAAAAACUAAUGGUUCAUUACCACGUGAUCGUGGGAAUCUGCAGUUAUCUCCAACUAAUGAGCCACAGAAUUUUGGUUCACUUUCAGGUAGUGAUAACAUAAUAAGUAAUAAUGGUGCUACAACAUUUGUUAAUCAUAAGGCUUUGAACUCAGCAUCAUCUGAGGAUGAACUAUGUGCCAUCUUAGGAAAUAGUUCAGUUUCUAAGCAAAGCCCUAGUAAUGAAUGUAGUCCAAGUAGUCCAUGUAUGGGCACAGCUUUUCUCACAUAUCCACAUUCUCCAAGGACCCGUAUAAAGACAGUUAUUAACCACCGGGAGAGGGGUCCUGAAGUGUAUGAAAAUAAAAUGGCCUUAAGUGAUCUUGGUGCAAGGAAGAACUUAUCAUUGAAUCUUCCUGUAUCAGAUAGACUUCCUAAUCCUUCUGAAAGUAAACUUGAACUUUUCGAUGGAGCAAAGUAUAUAAAUGCCAACUACCAGUCAUUAAAUCAUAUCAGCAUAGAUCUCGGAGAUGAAAUUAAUAAGUUGCAAAAAGAAAAGCAGGAGUGUUUGCAAGCUAUUACUUCAAUAAAGAUUAAAGUAUCAGAAUUAGAUUGUCAAAAAAAUGAAAUUCUGAAUGAGCUUCAGCUAGAACAUGCACUGAUAGCUAAUGAAUAUAAAGAAAAGGAACAGUUGCAAAUAUUUGAAGGUAACAAACUGGCUGAAAUACAGAAACAGAAAUUAUCUCUUGAGCAAAAAUCAGAAGUAACACAACAAGAGCUUGAAGCUGCCAAAGCCAAAGUUCAGCAGCAGGAAAAAUUAGUAGAAGAUCUUCAAAAUGAAUUACAUUCAAUUCAGCCUAAUUCCAUUAAUGAAGCUGAAAUAACAUCCAAACUUCAUGAGCUGCAAGCACAGUCUGAGCUACUAGAUAUAGAGAGGAAAGCAUUUGAAGAUCUUGAAUUUCAGCAGCUGGAAUCUCAGGCACAUGAAGAAGAAGAAAAAGAAGAACUAAGUCAAGAAAUUGAAUGUUUUAAAGAAACCAUAGCUCAAAGGCAGAUAGAACUGAAUGAAAUAUCUAAACAGAAGCAGUCUCUUGUUGCUCAAAUGGAAAAAGAAAAAUUAAAGUGUGAGAGCCAGUUACAAGUGUUUACAGAGCAAUUACGUCAAGAAAUAUCCAACUUAGAAAGAAUUCAUGACAAACUAAAAGCACUCACAAGUGUUAAACCUGGUGGUACACCUUGUUCUAGUCCUGAAAGCAGUCCACGCACAUCUGAUUCUGAUGUUGAGGGUCAAAGGAAUGGUGUAUGGAAUACACAUCCUCACGUAACAUUAGAUGAUAAUGUAGUUCCAAGGAGACAUCAGUCAGAAGAAAGAAGUGACAAUUGUAAUAGCUUUCAUAGUUUUGAAUCAGAAUCAUCUAGUCUUACAAGUUCUGACACAGGAGGAGAAGGUGGACGGAGAUCGGAGGACAAGCUCAAAGCCACAGAAGGAAGAACGUUGGAUACAAACAAGGUGCUUCAAAAAGAGCGUGCCAUACAGUCUGCAUUUCAAGAUCAGACACCUUUAGUCAACCACCACCACGAGAAUGGUAAUUUUGAAAUAAGGCGAAGAGAGAAACCUAGAGCUCAACGCCCAUUAACACGUUACCUACCUGUUCGCAAUGCUGAAUUUGAUUUACGUCAACACAUUGAAUCAGCCGGUCAUCAGAUUGAACUUUGUGUUCACAUUCACUUGACAGCAACAUCAUGCCAUGGCUAUCUUCAUAAACUGGGUGGUGCCUGGAAGACUUGGAAAAAACGGUGGUUUGUUUUUGACCGCAUCCAGAAAGCCUUGCUGUAUUACAGUGAUAAAGGCGAGACUAAACUGAAAGGCGGUGUAAAUUUCCAAGCUAUAGAAGAUGUGUAUGUAGAUCACCAACAUUCUGUUAAAAGUCCAUGUCCACAAUCAACGUUUUGUGUAAAAACUUAUGACAGGAUUUAUUACCUCAUGGCUCCCACACCAGAGGCAAUGAGAAUCUGGGUUGAUGUUAUUUUUUCUGGAGCAGAAGGUUAUCGAGAUUUCCUUGGAGAAGCUGAAUGAAAAAAAGACUCUGUGCGUAUUAUAUGAUAACAA